AUGACGACGCCUUUUCAGCAACCACCCCAAACCGUACGGAGAUUGGUCGUGGAAGUGGUGGACGCGCGCAAUCUGCUCCCCAAGGAUGGGCAAGGUAGCUCCAGCCCUUACGUGGUGGCGGACUUCGACGGCCAGAGGAAGCGAACCAAUACCCGGUUCAAGGAGCUGAACCCCGUCUGGAACGAGCCUCUGGAUUUCAUUGUGUCCGACCCGGAUAAUAUGGAGUUCGAGGAGCUCGAAGUUGAGGUCUAUAACGACAAGAAGUUCGGCAACGGUAGCGGACGCAAGAACCACUUCCUCGGGAGGGUUAAGCUGUACGGAACUCAGUUUUCCAGAAAAGGUGAAGAAGCUCUUGUUUACUACACGCUGGAGAAGAGGAGCGUCUUCAGUUGGAUAAGGGGAGAAAUUGGCCUCAGGAUUUAUUACUUAGAUGAAAUGUUUGUGGAAGAGGAGAAACCGCCGCAGCUGCAGCAGGAGGAGCAGGGUGAGAGACCGGAGCAAGAGCAGAACAGGCCGCCGCCGGGAAUGGUUGUUGUUGAAGAGGGACGUGUUUUCGAGGCGCCUGGACCGAUGGAGCAAUGCAUGCCUCUACCCACUGGUCCGCCUCAUUCGCCUCAAGUUGUGGUUGUGGAGGAAUCGCCGCCACCAGUGGUUCAUGUUCCGCAGGAUCCGCCGUUCCCGGAAAUGUGUGAGCCUGCGGUGUCGGAAAUGCAGUUCCAUCCGGAGGUUAGGAAAAUGCAGGCCAUCAGAGGGGAGAGGGUGAAGAUUUUGAAGCGGCCGAACGGGGAUUACUCACCUAAAGAUAUCUCUGCAAAGAAAACGGGUAAUGAGUCCGAGAGGGUUCAUCCGUUCGAUCUGGUGGAGCCGAUGCAGUAUCUGUUUGUCAAAAUCGUUAAAGCGCGUAGGCUUUCUCCUCCCAGUGAAGGCCCGUUCGUGAAGGUUCGGACGUCAAGCCACUACAUGAUAUCGAAGCCCGCGAGUUACCGGCCCAACGAGCCCACUGAUUCGCCGGAGUGGAACCAAGUCUUUGCGCUGGGUUACAACAAGACCGACGCUAACAGCGCCACGCUGGAGAUUUCUGUCUGGGAUUCCCCGGCGAAGAGUUUUUUAGGCGGUGUUUGCUUCGACCUUUCCGAUGUUCCGGUCAGAGAUCCUCCCGACAGUCCCUUGGCACCGCAAUGGUACCGUCUCGAAGGAGGCACCGCCGAUCAGAAUCCCGGCAGAGUUGCCGGCGACAUUCAGCUCUCUGUGUGGAUUGGCACGCAAUCAGAUGACGCGUUCCCAGAAGCGUGGAUCUCAGAUGCACCGUAUGUUGCACACACUCGAUCCAAGGUUUACCAGUCCCCGAAGCUCUGGUACCUUCGCGUGACGGUGGUGGAAGCGCAGGACCUGAAUAUUGCGCCGAAUCUGCCUCCACUGACAGCGCCGGAAGUGAGGGUGAAGGUGCAACUAGGGUUCCAAUCGCAGCGAACAAGGCGAGGAUCAAUGAACCACCGAAGCUUAUCGUUCCACUGGGACGAAGACCUUCUCUUCGUGGCCGGGGAGCCUCUGGAAGAUUCUGUCAUCGUUCAGUUAGAAGAUCGAACUACCAAGGAACCGGCGCCGCUAGGCCACGUCGUGGUUCCACUGAGCUCCAUCGAGCAGCGAAUCGACGAGCGCCACGUGGCAGCGAAAUGGUUUCCGUUAGAAGGCGGGCCCUACUGCGGGCGAGUGUUCAUGCGUGUCUGCCUGGAGGGCGGGUAUCACGUGCUGGACGAAGCGGCGCACGUGUGCAGCGAUUUCCGUCCCACGGCGAAGCAGUUAUGGAAACCGGCGGUGGGUAUUCUAGAACUGGGGAUUCUGGGCGCUCGCGGGCUCCUUCCGAUGAAAGCAAAAGACGGGGGAAAGGGCUCCACCGAUGCGUACUGUGUCGCCAAGUACGGGAAAAAGUGGGUCAGAACGCGCACCGUAACCGACAGCUUGGAUCCACGCUGGAACGAGCAGUACACGUGGCAGGUUUACGACCCCUGUACGGUCCUCACCGUUGGAGUGUUCGACAACUGGCGCAUGUUUGGUGACGUGUCAAAGGACAGGCCCGAUUGCCGUAUCGGCAAGGUUCGCAUACGCGUCUCUACGCUUGAGAGCAACAGAAUCUACACCAAUUCCUAUCCACUCCUAGUCCUCACUCGAACUGGAUUGAAGAAAAUGGGGGAAAUUGAAUUAGCGGUUCGUUUCGCCUGCCCCUCCCUGUUGCCCGACACGUGUGCAGUUUACGGCCAGCCCCUGCUUCCACGAAUGCACUAUCUCCGCCCGCUCGGUGUGGCACAGCAGGAGGCGCUGCGCGGGGCCGCCACUAAGAUGGUGGCGCUGUGGCUGGCGAGGUCAGAGCCUCCGUUGGGGCACGAGGUAGUUCGAUACAUGUUGGAUGCAGACUCGCACGUGUGGAGCAUGAGGAAGAGCAAGGCGAAUUGGUUCAGAAUAGUGGCGGUUUUGGCUUGGGCCGUUGGACUGGCCAAAUGGUUGGAUGAUAUAAGAAGGUGGAAGAACCCUGUUACGACGGUGCUGCUCCACAUUCUGUAUUUAGUGCUGGUUUGGUAUCCAGAUUUGAUUGUCCCCACAGGCUUCUUGUACGUGGUCUUAAUUGGGAUAUGGUAUUACCGCUUCAGGCCCAGAAUACCUGCCGGCAUGGAUACCCGAUUGUCUCAGGCAGAAGCGGUUGAUCCAGAUGAGUUGGACGAGGAAUUUGACACCAUGCCAAGUUCGAAAACACCAGAUAUAAUCCGAAUGCGUUAUGAUAGGUUAAGAAUGCUAGCAGCUCGGGUCCAAACGGUGUUGGGUGAUUUUGCAACCCAGGGAGAGAGGCUUCAAGCCUUGGUUAGUUGGAGAGAUCCCCGGGCUACCAAGUUGUUCAUUGGAGUAUGCCUUGCUAUAACUGUCACACUCUAUGCAAUGCCGCCAAAAAUGGUGGCCGUGGCCUUAGGCUUUUAUUACCUCCGCCACCCCAUGUUCCGGAACCCAAUGCCCUCCGCCACCUUGAACUUUUUCCGGCGACUGCCUAGCCUCUCUGAUCGCUUGAUGUAG